AUUACUGCUGUGUAGGCUAAUGUCAUUAUUCUGUGGCUAACAGCACUGGUAGCAUAGACAGUAAAAGAAACUAGUCGCAAAGUAGCAAAGUGACGCAUGCGCGACUCACAUCGGGGAGUGACAGUGUUCUGAAUAGGCGGGAGUUUGUAGUCGUGUGUGCGUGUGUACAACCAGAGCCCGUCUACUUAUUAGACAUUCUCUGGUACAACUCUAGUAGCCUGACUACAACUGUAUUAUUUUGAAGCCACUAGCGGUAGACUAGGAAAAUAGUUAUUCAAACAGUCAACGUAAACUCACUAUUCUGUUACGAAAUGUGGUAACAUCUGUUCAAUGGAGUCAGAGAGCCGACAAGAACUGACAGCGAAAUGUAAUGUUACGCCAAGACGAGGGGGAUUAACGUCUCGAAACACUCUGAGAAGGACACCAUGUUCUGGAGGAAGAAGAGUCAAUUCAAGUUUUAAAUCUCCUGUGCAGGGUGCGUCUGCCUCCCAGGCCUCGCCAGAGAGAGAGAUAGAGGAGCUGAAGAGGAAGAAAGAUGAGCUGGACUCCCAGAUCGCCCUCCUGCAGAAUGAAGGGAUGGACAUUCAGGAGCUGGAUCAGCAUAUUGACCUGCUGCAUGAGUACAACGAUAUCAAAGACAUCGGACAGACGCUACUAGGACAACUGGCCACCCUGCGAGGAGUGACCACUCGGGACUUGUACAGCCUCUUCGACCUGGAGCUGGAGGACUGAGGGGGUGGUGGAUACCGCGGAGACAGAGGACACUCCGAGCGAUCGCCCACUCCAUUCCUUUCACCCAGAGAAAAAAAAGGGGGGGGGGUGGCAGCAUGGCCAAAUAAUCCUAGAAUUCCUAAGUGGGAAGUGGGAAUCCCUCUGGAACAGGAGAGGCGGGCCCUUUGCCCGGGUGGGCAUGGCAACAGUUCAGUAUUGUCACUCAAAGUUACCGUCAGGCUCUCAUGUUGUGCAUUAAGAAAAGUGGAAAUCUAUUUUUGUUUGUUUGUUUGUUUGGACAGUCAGUCAGUCAGAAAACUAGAUCAGAUGGGACAGUGGACUCGCAGGACAUAAUUCAGUUUGAGAUUGGGGUGAGUGGGAUGAGACUGAAGCUUCUGGACAUCCUCUUCAAGAUCAGUUUGAAAUGGUCAACUUUCUUUGGAGUGAGAGUGAAGCUUCUGGACAUCCUCUUGUGAUCAGUUUGAAAUGGUCAACUUUGACCCCCUGUUCCCAUCCUGGCCUUCCUCACAUUGUGCUUCAGUAGAGGAAGAGAGGAAGGAGUGUCGUUGCAUUAGAGAAUGUUUGAAGAGCGGCGUGGGUUUUGGUCAGGGAGGGAGUUUGCCCGUUACCACUGUGUACAUAUGGACUCAUAAUUGUGCCUGCCCCACUCAGAAUUACUUGAGAUUAUCGUUGGGAGUUUUGACACAGAAUAAUUAUAAAAAUAAUACUGUAUAUAGUUUUAUGUUCUAUCAAUAAACAGUGUGUUUUGUA